AUGGCUGGAGAAGCCCCCCAGUUUGGCAGGCAGGAUCCAGGGAGCCUGGAAGCCUGUCAGCUGGGCAUGCAUCAUUGCUGGGACCCUCCUUCUACCCAGGGGCCUCCCAACACCUCCUGCAACGCCACUGAUGACCACAUGUGCGAGUGGAACCAAACCACACUGGGCAGCCCGCAGUUGCUGUCACUGUCGCUGGCAGUGUUGCUGAGCUCUGUGUCCCUGGUCACCGUGGGGCUGAACGUGCUGGUCUUGUACGCGGUGCACAGUGAGAGAAAGUUGCACACGGUGGGAAACCUGUACAUUGUCAGCCUGUCGGUUGCUGACCUCAUCGUGGGGGCUGUGGUCAUGCCCAUGAACAUCCUGUACCUGAUCAUGUGCCGCUGGUCCUUGGGCCGGCCCCUCUGCCUUUUCUGGCUCUCCAUGGACUAUGUGGCCAGCACGGCCUCCAUCUUCAGCGUCUUCAUCCUCUGCAUCGACCGUUACCGCUCGGUGCAGCACCCAUUGCGCUACCUCAAGUACCGCACCAAGACCCAGGCUUCAGUCACCAUCCUGGGGGCCUGGUUCCUCGCCUUCCUCUGGGUCAUCCCCAUCCUGGGCUGGCAAAGCUUCAAUGCCAGCAGCCCCACGGCCCGGGAGGGUAGAUGUGAAACGGACUUCUACGAUGUCACUUGGUUCAAGGUCAUGACAGCCAUCAUCAACUUUUACCUGCCCACUGUCCUCAUGCUCUGGUUCUAUGCCAGGAUCUAUAAGGCCGUGAGGCAACAUUACCAACACCGGGAUCUUGCCAACGGCUCCCUGCCUUUCUUCACAGAGAGGGCACUGAGGCUCCCAGGUUCCAGACCAACCAGAGGCGUCCCAUGGGGCUUCCUGAAAAGGAAAUCAGGAGAUAUCACCCAUGAUGAACCCGGCCUGAAGUCCACCCUGUCUGGAGAGGCAGAAGAAAUGAAGACGCCCACUGUGUACAUCCAGGAUGAAGACACCGAAGGUGACCCCCAUCUUUGCCUCCCUCUCAGCCUGGUGCCUCCAACACAGCCUGCGGCUGAGAGGACCCUCCAGAGCAACCAAGAUGUUACCCCGAGCCAGAGCCAGCAGCUAGAGACUGAGGAGCAGGGGUUCGAGGUGCUAGAGGACAACCAGUCAUUUUCCAGAACUGACUCAGACACCAUCACAGAGUCAGGCCCAGAGAAGCACAAAGCCAGAAGUCGCUCAAGUGUGAGCCUGGAUUACAUCAAAUUUACCUGGAAGCGACUUCGCUCCCACUCACGCCAAUACAUGUCAGGCCUACACUUGAGCCGAGAGCGCAAGGCUGCCAAACAGCUGGGCUUCAUCAUGGCGGCCUUCAUCCUCUGCUGGAUUCCCUACUUCAUCUUCUUCAUGGUCAUUGCCUUCUGCAAGAACUGUUGCAACCACUACGUGCACAUGGUGACCAUCUGGCUCGGCUACAUCAACUCCACACUCAACCCUCUCAUCUAUCCCUUGUGCAAUGAGAAUUUCAAGAAGACCUUCAAGAGGAUCCUGCGCAUUCCCCCCUAAAGGGGCAUCACCUCACCCAACAGGCCCGGGGCCACACUUAUGAUGCCCACGGGGAAGGCACAGGAGGAGGAAAGCUCCUGGGGGUUUCCCAGGCACCCUAGCUUUCUGAUGGUGUUAAGGUAGAUGGUCUUGAGAGUGAGGAGUCUGGAAAGUUCUUGGAAGGGCUUGACAGUGUUCAGGGGCAAGCACAGUGCUUGCAAGAGAGCUGGCUUUGGAAUCUUUCUUCAGCUGCUCAGGAGAGGUGGAGACUCACUCCCACAAUUUUUGGGGUUCCAGCUUCACACUUGCCUGGUUGGCAACUGAAGGAACACAAAGGA